GGACGUGUAGAUUAGAUCCGUGUAUAUGGAGAUGUCGAGCGGAUGAUGAAUGGUGGGAUAUUCGUGUGUUCCAGGCGUUUUGAUAAAUGCUUAAUCUCACGUUCAAUCUCAGCCGGGCUCGGUUGAUUUGUUGUGGAGUUCCUGGAUUAUCACACCGUGUGUGACCGAAGUUUUCGGUUCGAACUAGAGGCGCAGACGAGCAUCUGGAGCAAGUGGAUUUCUCUCAGUAGAUCUAACGUGAUGCCCCGAGACAACAUGAGCUGUCUGAUCCAGAGACUUGCCCGCCAGGCACGCGUUACUUUCCGUACCUACCCCGCUGCUGAAGAAAGCAAGGCGUUUGUGGAGAACCAGAACAAGCUGAGGAACCUACUGUCGGAAGUCAGGGCGGCAGAUUUGAAGAUUGUGCCUCGCUGUGUGGACAGCAGUUCUCUUCCCCCGCCACCCCUCGGUCCUCCUGUUACCUACAUGCACAUCUGCGAGACGGACUCGUUCAGCAUGGGGGUGUUCCUGCUCAAACACGGCACCUCCAUCCCGCUGCAUGACCACCCCGGCAUGUACGGUAUGCUGAAGGUGCUGUACGGAAAGGUCAGGAUUAGCUGUUAUGACAGGUUGGACAUAUCAGCUGAUGGCGCCAGCGGGAGACACUUUAACCCCCCGCUGCUCCCCUUUCAGAAAAGUUCUCUCAGGCCUUCGGUGGACAGAUCAGUAGGAGAGUACACUGAGGAAAGUGGAGCAUGUGUCCUGUCCCCUUACAGGGACAACCUGCACCAGAUCGAGGCUGUGGAUGGCCCCACCGCUUUUCUUGACAUUUUAGCACCCCCGUACGACCCAGACGAUGGCAGGGACUGUCACUAUUACAAAGUCCUCCAGCAGGGUCCAGAUGGAGGAGACCGAAAGGUAGACGGACAGGAGCACACUGAAGUAUGGCUCAUGGAAAUCCCACAGCCCAGUGAAUUCUGGUGUGGUGCAGAACCUUACCCUGGACCAAAAGUUUGUCUGUGAAGGAGGCAUCUGCUUAAUCCUAAAGUUUUCAACCUGCAUCCCACAGGCCACCUGGAACCUGUGAUACAUGGUGUGGCACACUAUUUUGGUCCUGCUAUUUCUAUACAAUUAACUUGAGUCUGUGGGCCAAGAGACCAGCUAUUCUCCACCAUUAAACCAAUUAAGCCCUUCAAAAAAGGUUGAGAACUACUGGCUUAUGACCUCGUUGGCAGAAAUGGCUGGAGAACUGCCAGGUCUAUAAAUUCCUGAUUUGUAUUUGUCUAAGCAGUGUGCAUGACAAGCUGUAUUCUGGAUUGAAUAACUACAUUUUGUAAUUGUAAUGGACCUGUCACUGACAUCGUGUUAUUUAGCCUGUUUGGAAAUGAUGAUCUAUUUUGCCUGUUUGGUUAAUGUAUAUAAAUGAUUUCAAAGCAGA